AAGGGUAUUAAAGCUUUCUUUAUUGAGCCAUUUACAAACAUAACGAUGUUUUUCUGAAACCUAAAAGAGAGCAAUUUGUUUGAUCAGUAUUACAAGUUUCAUUGAAAUGAUGGACUAUUUAAAUAACCGUCUGUCGGGCUGAAACAUGAGAUGUGAUGAUACACAGUAUUACGUGUACGAUAUUCGUAGUCAAGGUAAAAUUUCAAUCCAAGUUAAGCAUCUUUGUAUUUCAUGGAGUUCAUCUUUAUAGAAACGUUUGGAAAAAGGUAAAGUCUAGACUAUAAACAGACAACACGCGUUCUUUAGUGCGGGAGAGACGCCUAUGAAAAAUUGAUGCUGUCUCGAUGAUUUAACAGGGAAGAUAAACAGAUGUCUUUUGCAAAUGAUGGUGUCCACCGUGAUAUGGAAAACGAUAGAGAAUAUACAAAGAUGUUUCCAUAUCAUGGUAGAGAUGACUACCUGGCAACGUGGCUACCAAACAUUAAACAAAGUAAAAGUGUUUGGUUCAGCGAUAGUUGCAAGAGAAUUAGAAGGACGAACAUUGGUAAUUUGUUGUGCAUUGUGCCUCAAUCCCAUCAACAAAGAAAACUAGAAAAUCAUAAGAAAUACCACGUAACAAAGACGUAUAAUCUGGCUCUGAAAUGUUCGCCAAUAGAGCUGCGUGAGAGUAAGAUGAAAAUGAAAAAAUCAAAACUUGAAUCUGACUUUCUUAAACGUCCCCUCAACAAAGAGAAUUACGAACGACAUCCAAAAAAGAUGGCGGAAGUCGAAGAGAACAAUGAAGAAAUGCAAAAAGAUAUCUUUGACAUCGACACUGAAGAGUCACAGAAAGAUAUGGGUAUAUUGAUGAAUAUCCCAAAGGGAGAGAAUCCAAGAACGAGUCUAUCUUUGGUUGAAUUACGUCAUGAUAAAUGGGGGACAGUUGGUAGCUUUCAUUUUCAAAGAACUGCACCUGUAUUGGAGGAGAAUUCAAAGAGUCAGUUGAGAGGAGGAAAAGUACGAAUAAUGCAUAAAAGAAAUGAAAACACACAAUAUUUGGCUGACCGCUAUAAAACAAACGAAUUAAUGAUACAAUGUCAAAGUGUUAUGAUUCAUCCUAAAGUUUUAACGAAGCCAAAAAAACAAGAGGGGACCGAACAAAACAAAGAAAUUUCAGCGGUACUAUCAACAAAAACCAGCCACGACACUUUGGAAGAAAAAAGUUUGAACGAUUCUAUUACAGUGCCAACAAUAUUUCCACAACUGCCGUUUAAUAAAUCACCUAAACAAGCUUGCAAAAAAGAAAUAUUGGAGACGGACGAGGACUUGAACAAUAAAGAUGUCGAUAGCCACGCGAGUAUACCGCGGAGAAAAGACAAACUUGACAAAGAAAGAAAAUCACCAUCGACAAAAAUCAUAAUACCAUUUGGAGAAAGGGAAACGAAAUAUUGCAGCAAAAUUAUCGCCAUGAGUGAAACUCAAGUACUUACGUCAAACAAAACAGGUAAAGAAAACGAUGCAAGUUGUGAAAAAGGUAUUGACAUGGAUAAAGAAGGUAUUGACAUGGAUAAAGAAGGUAUUGACAUGGAUAAAGAAGGUAUUGACAUGGAUAAAGAAGGUAUUGACAUGGAUAAAGAAAGUCUAAAGAAAGAAACGGCAUCCACUGGUUUUAAAACAUCACCAAGAAAGAAAGAAGAGUUUCAAGGUAACAGUCUAACGUUUUCACAAAUCCAAUCUCGAUAUCUCAAAGAUAGUUCCAAUUUGCAUGAGCAAGUUGGCGUAUCCGACGAAAGUCGCGAAACAAUAAGAAAGAAAAAACCGCAAGAUAAGCAUAAAGAUCGAAUAUUGAGAACUCAGUAUCUUACAAUAAACACGGAUGAUUCUUUACUGAGAAAAUUUCGUAUUCCAACUGGUAGAGAGGAUAAUAACAUGUUUGUUGGUCGAGAAAACGACCCGCCGAAAACAACAUCACAGAAAUUUGGAUACAGUCAACGUGGGAUAGCCGUGUAUAGCAAAGAAUUUGUUGGGAUCAAGAUGAACCAAACUGAUGAAGAUGGGUUGAGGAUGGAUAGAAAAGGGGAUCGAACAUUGGAAAAAGAGGACGAUGGUAAACGUGUUGAGUUUCUUGUGAAAAAUUCAAGAUAUUUUAACGAGAUAUGAGUAAAUAGGAUUAUUAAUUUUUAUAUUAUUUUUGCCAAUAUUUUCGAAGGUUCAGAAUUUCUUAUUAGCACAUACACAAAAAAUUUGCUUGAUUGCGCUACACGAUAGCAAAAUUUAAACUUUUAAUCUACUUUUAUCGUCAUAAUGUCGUCAUAACUGAUAUCGACAAAAACGAAAACAUGAAUUCGAUUGCUAUACGCGUAACAAUAAAAACAGGAUUAUUUUACACUUUGACAUAUUUUAAAACGAUGACAGAGAUACAGAGACCGGUGAACACGCAGUGUUUAGAGAAGAUGAAAAUAUGAGCAAAACAAAAUUAAAUAUGUAUCAUAAAUAAACGAACGUCUUUGUUAAUGUUGAACAACAUAAUUAUUCCAACGAUAUACAACAACAAAAAAUGGUAGUAAAUGUUUUUGGAAGAAAUCCAAAUGAUCAAUAAUAAAAAACUACAUAUAUCAUGUCA